GCCGCGAAGUUCGCUGACUAAGAUGGCGGCUGAGGCUGGGCGCGAAGGGGAGGUGCCGGCCCGCGGAUCCGGCCGGAGUGAUGCUAUCUGCAGUUUCCUUACCUGCAAUGACUCGUCUCUUCGUGGUCAACCCAUUAUCUUCAAUCCUGACUUUUUUGUGGAAAAGCUUCGACAUGAGAAACCGGAGGUGUUCACGGAAUUGGUUGUCAGCAAUAUCACAAGACUUAUCGAUUUACCUGGAACAGAGUUGGCUCAGCUGAUGGGUGAAGUGGAUCUCAAGUUGCCUGGGGGCGCCGGCCCAGCCUCAGGAUUCUUCCGGUCUCUGAUGUCUCUCAAGAGAAAGGAAAAAGGAGUAGUAUUUGGAUCCCCAUUGACAGAGGAAGGCAUUGCCCAGAUAUACCAGCUAAUUGAAUAUCUACACAAAAACCUGCGAGUAGAGGGUUUGUUCAGAGUACCAGGGAAUAGUGUCCGACAGCAGAUUUUAAGGGAUGCUCUCAAUAAUGGAACUGACAUUGACUUGGAGUCAGGGGAGUUUCACUCGAAUGAUGUUGCCACUUUGCUGAAGAUGUUUCUAGGAGAGUUACCUGAGCCCUUGCUGACACAUAAACAUUUCCACGCACACCUCAAAAUUGCUGAUCUGAUGCAGUUUGAUGAUAAAGGGAACAAGACAAAUAUGCCGGAUAAGGAGCGGCAAAUCGAGGCCCUUCAGUUGCUCUUCCUCAUCCUCCCUCCACCCAAUCGUAACUUGCUGAAGUUACUGCUUGAUCUCCUGUACCAGACGGCAAAGAAGCAAGACAAGAAUAAGAUGUCUGCUUACAACCUGGCUCUUAUGUUUGCACCUCAUGUCCUGUGGCCAAAAAAUGCCACUGCAAAUGACCUUCAAGAAAAUAUCACAAAGUUAAACAAUGGGAUGGCUUUUAUGAUUAAACACUCCCAGAAGCUCUUUAAGGCUCCUGCUUACAUUCGGGAAUGUGCCAGAUUACACUAUUUGAACUCCAGAACUCAAGCAUCAAAGGAUGAUCUUGAUCUGACAGUUUCUUGUCAUACAAAGUCCUUCCAGCUGGCAAGGCCUCAGAGACGGAACCAGCUGGAUUCCUACUCCCGAGAGGAGACACAGCAGCGCACAGAGGCGGCGCUGCGGGAGCUGUUCCAGCACGUCCACGGCAUGCCAGAGUCCGCGAAGAAGAAGCAGCUCAUCAGACAGUUCCGUAAGCAGUCUGCAGCCCAAACCCCAGGGCGGGAGCCGUCCUCUCCCCGGGUGCAGAAGAGAGCCCGCUCUCGCUCCUUCAGUGGCCUUAUUAAGAAGAAGGUCCUGGGAAAUCCCAUGAUGUCAGAAAGGAAACCCAAGUGCCCAACGCCAGAAUCUGUAGCUCUUGGAGAACUGAAGCAAUCCAGCAAGGAAAAUAUGAACUUGUUAUUUCCUGACUCUCCAUCUGUCACAAUGACACCAACAAGACUGAAAUGGUAUGAAGGGAAGAAAGAGGGGAAGAAAGGAUUCCUCUGAAGGAGCCCGAGUUCUCCUGUGUCCACCCCGCAUUUUCUCCUUUGUGUGGGCCAGGUGACGUGACUGUCUGUGGAGAAGCUUGGACUUGCAGCUCGCCUGCUGCCUUGGGAAGUGUGGACGUCAGCCCCCCUGUGGCCUGGCUGCUCCUUCCGACCCAGCUCCCUGGUGUUUGUAGAUUCUGCCUUCUGAACCGGCGCGAGCAACUCCUGUUUUGUCUUCAUUAAUUCUUUUACUAUAGGGGGAAACCACUAACCAGUUGGGCACCUUUCAUUGCACAGAGGCUGAGCAGAACCAGGUGGGCUCUGGUUUUUGUAUUUGGGCAGAUUCUGGUUUUGAAAACAGGGAAAUUUGUUCUAAAUUGCUCGCUUUUUAAAAAAAUUUUUUUUAUUGUUUUGAUACUGUCAGUUCUGGCAGAUUGAUAUUAUUUUUACUGAUGAUUUGGGCUUGUCCUCAUUUUGUUAGUAUUGGGGGGAUUAUUUCAUAUUUCUGUCGCUGUUUCUUGUUUAUGUUUUUGGUAAGGUCAGUUUGGGGGGUAUAUAAUCUAGAUAAGCUCUACAGCAGGUACCUUUCACUCAUCUUCAUCUUCCGCCUUGGGAAAGCCCUAACACACGAAUCUGUGCUCCUCCAUACCUUAUUUUUGAGACCAAAGAAUUUGAAGUUGUACUAGAAGUUUUAAAUUAUUUCUCAGGCCUGAGACUGUAGAAUAUUUAACCAGUGGUCUUGAAAAAGAAGAAUGCAGAAUGAUAACAAUAUUGCCACUAAUUUCAGUUACUAAACACUGUCUCUUCACACACCUUUCUUUCCCUGUCCUCGGUGAUGUGUGGCAGCUAAACUCACUUCCUUUCACUUCCUCUCGCCUGAGUCAUCCUGGGCAUCACCGUGCAGCCUCUCUCUGGUCACCGGGACUCCAGGGCAGUCGCCGACCGCUUGCCGGAGCUUUCCUGCUCUGUGUGCGUGGCCCCAGGCCCACCCGACUCCCUCGGGGGUGGGCUUCUAUUGUCUUCUGAGGGAGCUGGUGGGCCAGCUGGGGUUGAGGAAGGAAGUGCGCCCCUGUCCACGGGGCUGUUCCCUGAAAAGCGUUGAGGCCGGUCUCUGGGUUGGGAGGGGCGGCCGGCAGCUGAGUGGCGUCUCUCCCGGGCCUCUGUGGGGAAGCAGUUGCUGCCUCGGCUUUGUUUCUUUUGCUCUUGCCACAGAAGUGAAGGGAAAUGUAAAAUCUGGCCUUCCCGCUUGCUGGGUGGCGAAUGAGAGAUGGUUUCGAGUAGGGAGGUGCUCUUCGGUCUGCCUUGGGGCAGCUGUGCCGUUCUCUAAAGUGCUCGCAGGUUCAUUUGUGGGUGCUUUUGUAGGUUUCUUCUGACUGAAAACCCGAAUGGCUCUCGCCAGCUGUCGGUGACUCCAGAGGAGCCCCUCCGAGAUGGCUGGCUGUAGCGGCCCCGGGACCCCACGCUUCCCGGGCUGCGGGCGCCAAGGGCACACAUCUUGGUCAGGGAGUCUGUGGUGUGCUUAGCCCGGACGCUGGGGGCUGAGACUCAGGGAACAUUCUCGAGUUGACAAGCCGGUAACUCAGAGCCUCUGGAGAGCUUGCCAGCUGCACGUGCUUUCAGAGCCAGCCACGGGUGGCUGCUGUGUAUAUUUGGGGACGUGUGUGUGUGUUGUGGAGGUUAUUUAUUGAAUUUGUUUUCCCUUGCUUGAAAGGGGACGGUCAGUCGUUUUUCUUAGAGAAGCUGUGAAACAUUGGGACUUGUGCUUGGGGAGUUGAGAGCAGACCCUCUGCCUCGUGCUGCGUAACCAUUCUAACCCUGUGAAGUCUUACUCAGAGACAGACCUGUCAUCACCUGCUACAGAAGGGUACUGUCCCCCGCCUCUGACUUGGGGGGUGGGUAUUUUUGAGCCAGUAUUUAAUUUCCUUAAUCUGUAACAUGUUUUUAAAUCCCGUUAUGUUAUGUCCAUUUUUUCUCUUGUUGGAACACUGUCUGGAAAGGCCUUCUGUGCUCACUUGUGAUGGCUUGUGAGGUGGGCACAGCGCGAGACAGAGGUAGCGGGCACCGGCCUGAGCGUGCAGAGCAGCACCGGGGCCCAGGGCAGCCCGAGCGAACUGCUGCGCCCAGCCUGGCUGCAAGAGCUGGCGCUGGGCGAUGCGGCCUCUGACCCUGCAUGCACCAGCCCCUCCGGAGUGGUGGAGAGGGUGGGAAGAUCUGACCGUUGAGUGCUUGCCCAGCUGGAAUCACAGCGGACCCCCACAAAGGCACUCUGGACCCAGAGGUGACCGGCAGUGAGCAGGGACCCCCAGGCGGGGCUGGUGGUGUGGGUCAGAGCUGAGCGGUGAGUGUGGGGUCACGUGGCAGGCGGUGUGGCCCCUGAGGGGACACGGUGCCUUCUCCACACUCUGCCUCGGGACCUCGUGCCCAUCUCGCGGGGAUGCUCCCCCAGAGCAGUGGGCUUUCACUCUGCGCCUCCCCUCAGUCCUUGCCCCCUGCCCUCAGCCCCACCUCCUCUCCCCACAAGCCUUUAGUGAAAUCAGACUGGGCUCCACACCAGAACGGUCAGUAUUUACAGUAAUGCCCUAGCCCAGGGGGAGGCGGGCGCCCUGAGAGGCACCUGUGUGCAGAGUCCGAGGCUCACACGCGCUGUAGCAAGGCCGCUUUCCCGAGGCAGCUCAGGUGGUGUCUUUCCCGGGAGAGUGGGAGGCGGGCUGGCGGGGAGGUGUGUGCAUGAUAGCCUGCAUGCUUUAAUCACCAUGGAAACAGGCGUGUGCAAGGCCACCGUCGAUGUGAAAGAGCCACGGAGCACUCCCCAGACAUGUGUGGGGACCGGCAGGACCUGUGGGGAAAAGCGUUCCCUUCCGCGCCGUUCUUCAGAGCACACUGCUUCAGUCACCCCUGCGCUCGCUUCAUAAGAGAAAUAAGCUUAACUGCCUCCCAUUGUUUCCUUUUUAUUUGACUAUUUGUCACAUAUAUAUAUGUAACUGUAAAGAAACAAUUAUAUGUAUUAUUUUUCUUUUAUACUAAUGUCAUCUUCUAAGAUUAAAUUUGUUUUGUUUCAUA